GAAAUGUCUCUGCUUUGGGCCAUGCCCAUGGAGUCAGGUGGAACAUCUGCUGCUAAGGUCUCGUGAAGCUGAACACGUGCACAGAGCUUGUGUGGCCUGUCCUGGGCUGUUCAUCCAUGGCCGAUGACGGAGUGAGGUUCCUUGGACAUGGAACUGUGAGCCUCUCUGAUCAUAAGCUGGGAACCAGCUCCAUCUUUAAAAAUGCAAUUGCUUUCUCAUACAUGGAGUCACUAUUUCGGUAUGCAGUAACCUCACAGGUGCAGCUUAUGCCACCAUUCAACCUUAGCAGCUUGACUCCAGCAACUUUCAUCUUGGCUGGCAUCCCGGGCAUGGAAAAGUCACACAUCUGGAUCUCGAUCCCCUUCUGCUCUAUGUAUCUGGCUGCCCUGCUGGGAAAUGGUGCCCUGCUGUUUGUUGUGAGGACGGAACAAAGCCUCCACCAGCCCAUGUACCUCUUCUUGUCCAUGCUGGCUGUCACUGACCUGAUGCUCUCAACCACGACUGUGCCCAAGAUGCUGGCUCUGUUCUGGUUCAGCGCAGGGGAGAUCUCCUUCGGUGCCUGCCUGACCCAGAUGUUCUUCCUGCACUUCAGUUGCUCGGCAGAGUCUAUGAUCCUGCUGGCUAUGGCCUUUGACCGGCUUGUGGCCAUCUGCUACCCCCUGCACUAUGCGGCUGUGCUGACGCAGUCCGCCGUUGUCAAAACAGGGCUGGUGGCUUUGCUGAGAAGUUUUUGCACCAUUUUCCCGUGUGUAUUCCUGCUGAAGCGGCUGCCCUACUGUGGGCACAACGUCAUCCCGCACACCUACUGCGAGCACAUGGGCAUCGCCCGGCUGGCCUGCGCUGACAUCUCCGUCAAUAUUCUGUAUGGCCUUGCAGUGCCUUUUGCAGCAGUAGUGCUAGAUAUUGUGCUCAUUGCUGUCUCCUACGUCUUAAUUCUUCAGGCAUUAUUCAGACUCUCUUCCAGGACUGCCCGCUGCAAGGCUUUCAAUACCUGUGUCUCGCAUGUUUGUGUUAUAUUUCUUUUCUAUAUUCCUGCUAUUUUCACUAUUUUAACUCACCGCUUUGGUCAGGAAAUCCCGCACCAUGUCCACAUUCUGCUGGCCAACCUGUACGUGCUCUUCCCCCCCCUGCUGAACCCCAUCGUGUAUGGGGUGCGGAUGCGACUGGUAAAAGAGAAGUUAAAGAAAGUGUUUCUCUGCCCCUCAGUGCAUUUUCUGCAAGAAUAAGAGUGAGAUGUCACUCUGAGGAAGUAAUGAAUACCUCAGUGGGACUUGAAGCCCACCCAAAUCCUCCCUCUUGGCAACCACAAAUGGGGAGCACAAUGCACACCCCGCAACACUUUCCCCAACAGUUUAUAGAAAA